AUGGCCCCACCAAAGCCGUCUGCUAAAGGAGCAAAGAAAGCCGCCAAGACCGUCACCAAGCCAAAGGACGGAAAGAAGAGACGUCAUGCCCGUAAAGAAUCCUACUCCGUGUACAUCUACCGUGUGCUCAAGCAGGUUCAUCCAGACACUGGAGUCUCUUCCAAGGCUAUGUCCAUCAUGAACUCUUUCGUCAACGACGUCUUCGAGCGUAUCGCUGCUGAAGCAUCUCGUCUUGCUCACUACAACAAGAGAUCCACCAUCUCUUCUCGCGAAAUUCAAACUGCCGUCCGUUUGAUUCUUCCAGGAGAGCUUGCCAAGCACGCCGUCUCCGAGGGAACCAAGGCUGUCACCAAGUACACCUCUAGCAAGUAA